AUGGUGAACGGCAGGUUCUCUACCAGUUUCUCCUAUUACGGGCUGGCCAUGGACCUACAGAACUUUGGCGUCAGUAUCUACCUGAUCCAGUUGAUUUUUGGAGCUGUCGACUUCCCGGCCAAAGUGGUGGUCACCAUCUCCAUGUCCUACAUUGGGCGCAGGGUCACGCUCUCAGCCUUCCUCCUCCUGGCUGGGCUUGUGAUCAUCGCAAACAUCUUUGUGCCCAGAGAGCUGCAGAUAGUCCGCACAUCACUGGCUGUGAUUGGGAAGGGAUGUCUUUCAGCUGCGUUCAACUGCGUGUUUCUAUUCACAACUGAGCUCUACCCCACACCGAUCAGGCAGACCGGACUGGGCUUUGGCAGCACCAUGGCCCGGGUAGGAGGUAUUGUGGCUCCCUUGGCCAAGAUGUUGGAUGAAUACUUCUCCUUCCUGCCGCCACUCGUCUACGGUGCUGCCCCAAUCAUCUCUGGCAUUGUGGCCACCUUCCUCCCGGAGACUCUCAACCAACCACUGCCAGACACUGUGGAGGAGGUGGAGAGCAGGUUGGUCUGGUGGGGGGUCUCCCCUCUCUUCCUGUCUGACUCUGACACCUGCGGCCAAGACAGGGCUUGGACUCCAAAGGCCAAAACACUCAGCUGGUGCUUGGGAUCCGCCCUGUCCCACCCAGCCGCAAGGCAAAUUGUGCAGAGAGUUGUUAUUAUUUGUAUGACUGUAGCACCCAGGUGUCCAGUCAUGGCCCUAUACCCUGUUGUGCUAGGUGCU